AUGCGCGUCUCGGACCCCACCGCCGCCUCGACGGACGGAGCCUCGCACGCCGCCCCGGACACCCGCUACUUUGUGGGCGGCGUGCAGCGGCACAUCACACAACAGGACCUCGAGCGGUACUUUGGCGGCUUUGGCCCCGUGGAGAGCCUUUCCCUCAAGCGCGAUGCGGCCGGCAACUCCCGCGGCUACGGCUGGGUGAUCUUCCGCAGCCCCCCGCAGCGUCUUGAGCGGCAGGAACCGCAUGUUCUGAAGGGCGUCAAGUUGACGGUGGAGAAGGCACGCAGCCGCGGCCCCUCCCGCCCCUCCCGCCCCGGUCGUCGGCGCUCCCGCUCCCGCUCCCUCUCGCCCUCCUCCUCCGCCUCCGGCUCCUCCUCCGAGUCAGAUUACUCGCGUCGCGGUGGCUACAGGCGCGGGGAGCCACGCGGCAGCGACCGGGGAACCGGCAGGAGCGACGCACGGGCCCGCCUCCCGCCCCUCACGGCACACCCCGGAGAGACAUCCUACACAAUGCCGCCUCCACCGCCUCCACCACCGAACUCCAUCCCAUCAUCACGACAGAUGCCACAACAAGCAUACAAUACUCUCUUGGUACCAGAUAACCGGAACUCCAGUAGCAAUAACAGUGGAAGCUCCAGGGAUAUGGCAGCAGCGGCAACUGAGACGUACCUCUGUAUUCCCUUGGCACUUUGUCCUCCCGAAUACCUAAACGAUCCUCGAACAUUCUGCGCCAAGCUAGACCAAAGUCGUGUUGGGAGCCUUAAUAUUGUACCUACACCUCCUGCUUCAGCAGUGAAUGCCCCCACAACUCUGAGAAUACCCCCGAAUUCAGGCGCACCGACAUUGUCUUCUGUAAACCAGCAACUUCAACUUGGUUCCAUGGGUAAUAGAAGCACUGGAAGUAACAAUAGUGGUCCACCGUCGCUUGCACCCACUACAACAAUGCAUAUGGGUUUGCACUAA